AUGGAAAGAGGAUGGAAGCCCAAUGUUGAGAUUUGUCCGCCAUGUCCUCGUUGUGGUUCAUCGAAUACCAAGUUUUGUUACUACAACAAUUACAGCUUGACUCAACCUAGGUACUUCUGUAAAGGGUGUAGAAGAUAUUGGACUAAAGGUGGUUCACUUAGAAACAUCCCUGUCGGUGGUGGCUGCCGGAAAACCAGACGAGCAAGAUCUGUUCGUAUCUCUGAUACCGUCAGUUCCCAGAACUUUCUUGCCCAUGGUGGAGUUGGAACCAACGGUUAUGGAGGUCGUGGCAACAUAGAAACUCGUAGCAGCUGUGAUGGUGGAUCGUCUAUGGUGCAGCAGCCUUCAAAUAUCGAUCUCCAACAAGUGUACGCCAAUUUUCUUAAUCAAAGGCCUCAAGGUACAGAUGAUCAUGAACAAAUGCAUGAUCAUGUGUUCCAUAGUGAAGUUGAUCCAAUGUUGACAUUCGGGUUUCCGACCAUUCCCAAUAUGGAGAUGGAGUUUGGUGCUACCAACUACGGGUCAAAUUUAGAGAGUUUUCUUGGGGAGGGGAAUGGAAUGCAAUUUUGUGGGUACAACUCAAUUUUCAAUAAUCAUGAGGAAGAGCAAGAAAAACAUGAUUAUUUUGGUACAAGUGGUGUAAGCAAUUGUGGGCUGCCGCCGUUGCCGGGAGAGGAGUUGGGGUGGUCGGAGUCAAAUAUUGGGUUCUCGGAUAAUGUUGUGAACCAUAGGAUUGAUGAACCAGAAGGCCAUAUCUCCGGUGAAGGUUCAGUGAAGAUGUUUGAUCUGCCGGAGAAUACGGAGACAAUUUUCAGGCCUUGA